AAAGACGCUUAUAUAUGGUAUUCGAGCACUUAUGUUUUCAUGUCUGGCAAACAUGUGGACGUUCCACAGCGAUUAAACGAUAAACGUGAACAGUGGCGACCGGUGACAGGAAGGCAUAGUUUCAGUGUAAAAAUUGAACGUUUGGCAAUUUGGUAGACCUGGCAUUCUUGCAUUUUAUUUUGUGGGACGGAAUAUUUCUUUUCUAGUUUUUGUCUACGUAGGGGCUCUGUUUUAUUUUAGAGCGAGUCAAGUGCACGAUCGAGUUCACAGGAAAGUUCUGGGCAUGUUGGAUAAAAACCGAAAGAUCGUUUGUUUAAUUCUAAUGGGUUUUUUGUUAGUUGUUUUGCAAUUCUAUUUGCAGCAAUCAACGGACCCAGCAAUCGAAUUCACGCGACAUCCAUCAGCUUUACAAUCUUCUACCUCUGAACAGUAUCCACUGUUGAAGAAAUUCACGACAGAAAAUGUUGUAGAAAAGAAUCCACCAUUCAAACGGAUUGUGUUUUGGAAUGUGGCAUAUGGGAGCAAAGAAUAUGGCGUAGGAUUUGGACGUGAUGCCUUGCGGAAAUUCGGAUGUCCCGUCUGGCAGUGCGAGACCACAGAUAAUCGAACAGAUAUUCUCACAAGUGAUGCUAUAGUUUUUCACCUUCGGAGCUGGACGAAAAGCGAUUUGCCCGAACGACGACUACCUCAUCAACGCUACGUUUUCUGGAGCAUAGAAUCUCCAGCUUGGCGUGAGUACGCUCACGCCGAUCAAGCAGAUGAAUUUUUUAAUUGGACGAUGACUUAUCGAUGGGAUUCGGACAUGGCCGGGCCUUAUGGCAGCAUCGAACCCAUUGGGAAAGUGCCGCUUCAUCCCGAUGAAGAUCAGAUGAAGAUUUACUUAGUCAAUUCUACAAAAGCGGGUAAUUACGCAAAGGGAAAAACGAAAAUGGCCGCUUGGUUUGUGUCGAAUUGCAAUUCGAAAAGCAGCCGAAACGAAUUUGUUAGGGAACUUCAAAAGUACAUCGAUGUCGACGUGUACGGUAAAUGCGGAACGAUGCAAUGUUCCACGACGAUUGAUGGACAAUGUCGUGAUAUGGCGGCCAAAAAUUACAAGUUUUUCAUGUCGCUGGAGAAUUCUUUAUGUCCCGAUUACAUCACGGAAAAGUUUUUCGUGAUGAUGAAUCGCACGAUCCUGCCCAUCGUUUACGGCGUUCACGACAGUCACGAAAAAAUAGCGCCAACGCAUUCGUUCAUCAAUGCCGCCAAAUUCGAAAACGUGAAGAAAUUGGCGGAUUACCUGAUUUUACUCGACAAAAACGAUACGUUGUACAAUGAAUAUUUUUGGUGGAAGCCUCAUUUCAAAGUGAUGUUUAGCGAAGUGUUCAAAGGCAUGUGUCGUUUGUGUGCUGCCCUUCACGAUAAAAAUUCACCACCUAAAAUCUAUCACGACAUGACUGGCUGGUGGGAGAAAACUGUUCCAUGUCUACUAUCACCGAAGAUCGUCUGAUAUGAAAACUCUUCUUGAUAUUUGUGGCAACGAAAACAUUCACAAAGUAAUACAUUAUUCAUCCAUACUAACAUAUUAGAAACUGAUGAUCUCAGUUGAAGUGAAUUUUAGCCUUGUUUUGAAAGAAAUCUUGCUUGUUCUAUCGAUCUGAUCUCGUCUAAACAGGUUACGUAUUAUAGCAGGACAGAAGCAAAACAACAAUUCUUGCCUUACCUCUUGUAAAUUGUUUUUGAUUUAGCUGCAUGGUCAUUGAUCUUGACUUUAAUGCUAAACACUUUCUAUUGGGCAUAUCCAACGCAUUGUUUUAUUCAAGGCAGACUGGCUAAAACACCAAAACUAAGCAAAAUUCGUCUAGAUAAACAAGUUUCUCAAGUUUGCUUUGACGGAAAACUGGUUUGCCAUAAAAUGACUAACCGGCCAAAAGACGCUUUGACCACGAACGUCGUAGGCUACCCAACGUUCUUUGUUGCGGAGUAGCGAUGGAGACAACAAGUUUCUCUUGGAGACUGUGCGAACGUGGCAUAAAAUUGUGGCCGUUUCAGUGCAUCCGAAAAUGGAACAUAAUUAACAUAUUAAACGUUAUAAAACCUUUUACUUACUAUCGAUAUGUUCAGGUUUAGUCAUUUGGUUCUUCUUUCAAAAAUCGUUGCUGCACCCGAGCUUCACUCAAAACGAAAAAUCUUCAAGUAAUGCAAUUGAAAAGCCAAUUCAACAAUUGCUGUCAUCAAACGUGAUUCGAGAGCGUUACAAACUCAUGGACGAGUAUUUGCGUGAGAGUGUUACACCAAGGAACCCACCCUUUAAAAAGAUAGUGCUCUGGAAUAGCGCUUUCAUUUGCACUUUACCGUAUUAAGUGCAACUUUCAGCCUGGCAAUGAUUUCCGCAUUGGACCUGGUCGUGAUAAACUACGUAAAAUAGGAUGCCCUGUGUGGCAAUGCGAGCUGACCACCAAUCGCACUGACGUCCAGAACACGGACGCUGUUGUCUUUCACUACGGCAACUGGACUAUGAAUGAUUUGCCAGAGCAAAGAUCAUCGCACCAAUUUUACAUUUUCUGGAGUAGAGAAGCUCCUAAGUGGCGUCCUUAUCUCCCAUUUAAAACGGACCUAAUGGCGGAUUUCUUCAACUGGACUAUGACUUAUCGAUGGGAUUCAGACGUGGUAAUGCCACACGGUUACAUCAAACCCAUAGGACACGUCCCACUUCAUCCCAGCGACGACCAGAUGAAGCUUUAUUUGUCCAAUCCAACAGGAUCGGUUAACAACUCAACUACGUCACUGAAAAGCUUUUCAAUAUUAUGCAGCUACCGGUGGUCCCCGUCGUUUACGAUCUUCACGACAAUCACGAAUCGCCACAAGCAUUCGUUUAUCAACGCGGCUAAAUUUGAAAAUACGAAACAAUUGGUUGAUUAUCUGAUAGGGCUCGAUAAAAAUGAUACGUUGCACAAUCAGUACUUUUGGUGGAAACCUCAUUUUACGGUAAGUAACGGCGGAGAUAAUCAAAAUUUGGGUUAUUACAUCUCUGUACAAUACGACGCUAAUUCCACCAUGAUUCCACCAAAAGUCUAUCAUUACUUGACCGAAUGGUGGGCCAUGAAAAGAAAAUGUGUCAUUUCGCCACGGAUAGUUUAACUGAUUAAAAUCUUCCAUAUUACCUUCUAGAAAAUUCUUGCUUCGUUCAACUCAUCAGUUGAGAUAAUCUUCACUAAAGAAUUAUUUGUUUUGUUUCGAGAAACCGUUGAGAUCGACGUGGUCUUUCUAAAAUCGUGUCGCUUAAUGCGAUAGUGAAAAAGAGAUGAAUUAAAACAACCACAUUAGUAACACAAUAGGUAUUCAUAUGCUCGAAAAUUGAAUUGGGAUACUUUAUCCAUUAGAAAAUAAGAAAUUUUCCUUUCAAAAAGUCUAUUGAUCAACAUAACUAGAACACACCUGGAAUUUCCAACGGCGGUCACAUGAAAAGGUGUACAUACGUCAGACUUUCGACACUUGCUAGUCAGAAAUGUAUGUCACUGUUGGUAAGAGGCAGGUAAGCAAUAUAGAAAAUGAUGGAGAAAAUAAAGUCUUAACUUAACCUAAAAUGGAGCCAUACGUUGGGAAAUGGCGAUGCCAACACAAAGUAAAACUGACCAACACCAACAUUUUCAGCUAAAACUUGAAGAUAGCAAAUAAAAUUUCCAUCGCGUAACGAAGUAAAAGGAGUA